ACAGCUGGAAAAAAAAAAGUUGGAUCUGGAGCGGUCAGAUCCGCUCGAUCGAUCGAUGGAUCGAUUUCACACACCGCUGAUUGCUGGACUGGAGCUGCUUCCGGCAUUCGGGAAGCCAAGCCCCAAAAGUAAAAAAACUGAAAAUGCUCCACCAACUACCAACUAUAAAUGCCAAUGUUGUUGUCAAAAUGCUGCCACAAAUUUGACGAGAGUGCAACGCGAUGGAGCUGUUGAAAACGUAUAGAUUCGGUGCAGUCUUUCUGCUCAUUGUGCUACUGCUGCCCCAAGUGAUGGUGCAACACCUGUACUAUCCACAGCCUCGGCCGCUUUACUACGAGGCACCGCGUCUCCGGAGAUUCGAGUAUGCAGCAGCCACGCCUCUAUUUAGUGGCGCUGCCCCACCGCCUCCAGCACACUACCAGCAACAGGCACCACACUUUCAGGUGUUCAACUAUCGAUCUGGCUAUCAGCCCUUGGCUUUGGAUUACCAGCAACAACAGCCUCCUGUGGCACCUGCCCCGCCCCUACCCCCGCUUUACCCGCAACAGAGUGUUCAGUACCAGCAUCGGGUGGUGUCCCCUCCAGCGGAGCUGGCCAAGUACCGAUAUGAAGGAAACUAUCUUCCGGUACAGCGACUAGCCGUGCAACCUCAGCGAAGGGUCGAGGAGCAUCAGCAGCAGCAGCAGGUACAGCAGCAACAACAGUUGCAACAACUGCAGCAGCAGCAACAACAUCUCUACAAUGUUCCACCGGCUCUGUUCACCAGCGAUGUGUUGCAUGUAAUUCCUCCGAGGAUCGCCAGGUUGCAGGAGCAACAGCAGCAACCUUCGCAGACAGUGCAAACUGAAAGACCCAGGCGGUUUGCCACCAAACAGGAUACGGAAGUGGCCGAGUCCAGGAGUGAUCGGAAUCUCAAAGAAACCAAGUACUUUCAUGAUAUAUUUAUGCGCUUUGAUGGCCCCGAUUCGCGAAGUCAUGGCUAUGUAAUGAAGCAUCCGAAGACUCAGGAAAGGCGCUUUGAGUCCCAAAGAGGCACGAACCGCUACAAGGGCGAGGUGAUCUGGACCGAUCGUCAAGGAGGUCAUGGCGAGCACCGCUGGGACAUGGCUCAGGGAAAACUCUAAGCAUCUGAGUGGCAGAAUCCGCAUAUUCGAGGCAAA